GGCAGACCUGUGACAUUCAUUUCUAACGUCGCAUUGUCGAUGUGAAUUUGUUUAAUAUUACAAAAUGAACAUUAUGCUGUCAUCUUUUUCCCGACUGAGGGGAAUUAUACGUUCCAGUAGCAUCCUUACAGGGGAUCUUCCUGUAAUUGGCACCGAUCACCUUCGAUCGUUUAACAACUGGAGUGCAUCAAGCGCAGCUGCAGGGCUACAGAUUUGCAGACUUCCAGGGCCCCUUUCUUCACGAGCGGAGGGUUCUGAAGUGUUCACGCAGCUUCCCUGGCAACACCAGCAGGUCCGGACCCGGAAAAGAGGCACAGAGUAUCAACCAAAGAACAUCAAACGCAAAAGAACCCACGGCUGGAUCAAGAGGAUGAGCUCCAGCGGUGGCAUCGAAGUGAUUCUACGCCGUAUUUUGAAGGGACGAAAAUCGCUCUCACAUUGAAGUAUCCUGAUGGAUGUCCAAAAGACUUAAAGUGCUUAAUAAGCCGCAAAUAACUUGUGUGUCCGGUUAACGGAUGUUAUUGGAUGUGGUUAGGGUUUUACUGUCCAACAAUAAAAAGAGGAAAGUGAAAGUUGACCUGUGGUGACUAUUGAGAAAAAAACAAAUAGUAUUUGGUAAGUAGAGGCCCGGGGC